UCUGAGCUUUCUUAACUUUAAAGACCACGUCUCGAAUGCCUUCAGGCUCGGUCCUUCAAAGGUGCCAGACUCAUCCGCCGCCUUCAAAAUAAAAGCUUCUUCAAUGGAGCCAGACUCAUCCAACGCCUUCAAAAUAAAAGCUUCUUCAAAGGAGCGAGACAACGAGGGCGUGACGGCGGAGGAAGACUCAUCCAACGCCUUCAAAAUAAAAGCUUCUUCAAUGGAGCCAGACUCAUCCAACGCCUUCAAAAUAAAAGCUUCUUCAAAGGAGCGAGACAACGAGGGCGUGACGGCGGAGGAAGACUCAUCCAACGCCUUCAAAAUAAAAGCUUCUUCAAAGGAGCGAGACAACGAGGGCGUGACGGCGAAGGAAGACUCAUCCAACGCCUUCAAAAUAAAAGCUUCUUCAAAGGAGCGAGACAACGAGGGCGUGACGGCGAAGGAAGACUCAUCCAACGCCUUCAAAAUAAAAGCUUCUUCAAAGGAGCCAGACUCAUCCAUCGCCUUCAAAAUAAAAGCUUCUUCAAUGGAGCGAGACAACGAGGGCGUCACGGCAAAGGAAGACUCAUCCAACGCCUUCAAAAUAAAAGCUUUUUCAAAGGAGCGAGACAACAAGGGUGUGACAGCGAAGGAAGACUCAUCCAACGCCUUCAAAAUAAAAGUUUCUUCAGACGUCUUCACACUCAAUCCUUCAAAGGAGCGAGACAACAAGGGCGUCACGGCGGAGGAAGACUCAUCCAACGCCUUCAAAAUAAAAGCUGAAAGAACCGACGGACCCUUUUUACUAAGUCUGUUCAGAAAGACUUCUCAGAAAGUAGAGAGCGGUGCAGAAGAUAAAAAGAUAAUCUCAGAGACGAGCGAGCAAACGAAGGAAGAAAUAGAUGCUAGUUUUAAAGGAAACGUCUUAAAACAGAAUGAAGAGACAGUCGACGCCGAGAAAAUCAACGACAACUUGAAAGACGGGAUGAAAGAAAUGGAAGUAGCUGAAACUACAAGUGUCUCUGAAACACAACACGAGGAAACCAUCAACCGUCUGAGCUUUCUUAACUUUAAAGACGUCUCGAACGUCUUCAGACUCGGUCCUUCAAAGGAGCGAGACUCAUCCAACGCCUUCAAAAUAAAAGCUUCUUCAAAGGAGCGAGACCACAAGGGCGUCACAGCGGAGGAAGUCUCAUCCAACGCCUUCAAAAUAAAAGCUUCUUCAAAGGAGCGAGACCACAAGGGCGUCACAGCGGAGGAAGUCUCAUCCAAUGCCUUCAAAAUAAAAGCUUCUUCAAUGGAGCCAGACUCAUCCAAUGCCUUCAAAAUAAAAGCUUCUUCAAAGGAGCGAGACAAUGAGGGCGUCACGGCAAAGGAAGACUUAUCCAACGCCUUCAAAAUAAAAGCUUCUUCAGACGUCUUCACACUCAAUCCUUCAAAGGAGCGAGACAACAAGGGCGUGACGGCGGAGGAAGACUCAUCCAACGCCUUCAAAAUAAAAGCUUCUUCAAUGGAGCCAGACUCAUCCAACGCCUUCAAAAUAAAAGCUUCUUCAAAGGAGCGAGACAACGAGGGCGUGACGGCGGAGGAAGACUCAUCCAACGCCUUCAAAAUAAAAGCUUCUUCAAAGGAGCGAGACAACGAGGGCGUGACGGCGAAGGAAGACUCAUCCAACGCCUUCAAAAUAAAAGCUUCUUCAAAGGAGCGAGACAACGAGGGCGUGACGGCGAAGGAAGACUCAUCCAACGCCUUCAAAAUAAAAGCUUCUUCAAAGGAGCCAGACUCAUCCAUCGCCUUCAAAAUAAAAGCUUCUUCAAUGGAGCGAGACAACGAGGGCGUCACGGCAAAGGAAGACUCAUCCAACGCCUUCAAAAUAAAAGCUUUUUCAAAGGAGCGAGACAACAAGGGUGUGACAGCGAAGGAAGACUCAUCCAACGCCUUCAAAAUAAAAGUUUCUUCAGACGUCUUCACACUCAAUCCUUCAAAGGAGCGAGACAACAAGGGCGUCACGGCGGAGGAAGACUCAUCCAACGCCUUCAAAAUAAAAGCUGAAAGAACCGACGGACCCUUUUUACUAAGUCUGUUCAGAAAGACUUCUCAGAAAGUAGAGAGCGGUGCAGAAGAUAAAAAGAUAAUCUCAGAGACGAGCGAGCAAACGAAGGAAGAAAUAGAUGCUAGUUUUAAAGGAAACGUCUUAAAACAGAAUGAAGAGACAGUCGACGCCGAGAAAAUCAACGACAACUUGAAAGACGGGAUGAAAGAAAUGGAAGUAGCUGAAACUACAAGUGUCUCUGAAACACAACACGAGGAAACCAUCAACCGUCUGAGCUUUCUUAACUUUAAAGACGUCUCGAACGUCUUCAGACUCGGUCCUUCAAAGGAGCGAGACUCAUCCAACGCCUUCAAAAUAAAAGCUUCUUCAAAGGAGCGAGACCACAAGGGCGUCACAGCGGAGGAAGUCUCAUCCAACGCCUUCAAAAUAAAAGCUUCUUCAAAGGAGCGAGACCACAAGGGCGUCACAGCGGAGGAAGUCUCAUCCAAUGCCUUCAAAAUAAAAGCUUCUUCAAUGGAGCCAGACUCAUCCAAUGCCUUCAAAAUAAAAGCUUCUUCAAAGGAGCGAGACAAUGAGGGCGUCACGGCAAAGGAAGACUUAUCCAACGCCUUCAAAAUAAAAGCUUCUUCAGACGUCUUCACACUCAAUCCUUCAAAGGAGCGAGACAACAAGGGCGUCACGGCGGAGGAAGACUCAUCCAACGCCUUCAAAAUAAAAGCUGAAAGAACCGACGGACCCUUUUUACUAAGUCUGUUCAGAAAGACUUCUCAGAAAGUAGAGAGCGGUGCAGAAGAUAAAAAGAUAAUCUCAGAGACGAGCGAGCAAACGAAGGAAGAAAUAGAUGCUAGUUUUAAAGGAAAUGUCUUAAAACAGAAUGAAGAGACAGUCGACGCCGAGAAAAUCAACGACAACUUGAAAGACGGGAUGAAAGAAAUGGAAGUAGCUGAAACUACAAGUGUCUCUGAAACACAACACGAGGAAACCAUCAACCGUCUGAGCUUUCUUAACUUUAAAGACGUCUCGAACGUCUUCAGACUCGGUCCUUCAAAGGAGCGAGACCACAAGGGCGUCACGGCGAAGGAAGACUCAUCCAACACCUUCAAAAUAAAAGCUGAAAGAACCGAAGAACCCUUUGUACUAAGUCUGUUCAGAAAGACUCCUCAGAAAGUAGAGAGCAGUGCAGAAAAUGAAAGUAUAAUCUCAGAGAUCAGCCAGUUUGCUGGUUUUAAAGGAAACGUCUCGGAGCAAAACGAAGAGACAGUCGACGCUGAGAAAAUCAACGACAACCUGAAAGACGGGAUGAAUGAAGUGGAAGUAAAUGAAAUUACAAGUCUCUCUGAGACACAACACCGUGAGGAGAUGAUUCCUACAUCACAGGCAGUUGCCUGUUAUCUGACCUUCGACCCCAACACUGCCAACUCAGAGCUGCGUCUGAGCGACAGCAACCGGACGGUGACUCGAGCGUGGACGGAGCUGUGGCCGCCGGAGCACCCGGACCGCUUCCAGCGCUGCCCACAGGUCCUGUGCCGGGAGGGGCUGCUGGACUCGGCGUACUGGGAGGCGGAGUGGAGCGGCGGCGCCGACAUCGGCAUCGCCUACAACGACAUCUACAGAGACGGAGACGCGGCACGCUGCCUGCUGGGACACAACGAGCGCUCCUGGAGUCUGGAGUGCUCGGAGGGAAGCUACACGCCUUGCCACGCUAACCGGAGAUUCAGGGCUGCGGCGCCACGACCCUUCGCACGAAGGGUCGGCGUGCACCUGGACUGGUCCGCGGGCGCUCUGUCCUUCUACUGCGUCUCGCAGGACGCCAUGGUGCACCUUCACACCUUCAGAGACACCUUCACCGAGCCGCUGUACCCGGCGUUCUGGGUAUGGGCGUACGACGGCUCCGUGUCGCUGAGCCAGGUGGAGUUAGACUGGGAACGGCUGCUGCAGUGAACCGCACAGACAUGUGACUGCUAACGGAGUGAUCUCUGCUAGAGGAGUGACACCAUUCUCCAAAUCCACCGUUCCAUCUGACUUUAAUGUGUGUGUAUU